AUGGGAAAAACUGGCGGGCCUACAACUCGUAAGCCCUAUGAAGAGAUUGGUGCUAUUUUUAACGGCAACGAGGUGAAAAUACGCGUACCAAAGAGCACAUCCAAACCACCAAAGCUGACCGCUUCCCAGCUGAAACUUCAAAAUCAGUGCACUUGUGAAGACGAUGAGUCUGUAUGCUCAGAAACCUGCGGAUUACCAGGGGAAAGUGGUGGUGGGGCUGGAGCUAAUAGGCUCAAUUUUCAGAUCCCCGAUGACAUCUGUGAGGCUAUGACGAACCGGACCGCGCUGAACUCCGAGCUCGUGUACAGCAAGGCGGAGGCGCAUGAAAACCUCUGUAAUGUUUGCAACGUGACGCCCCAGGACGCGCCGAAGGGUGUGCAGGCGCAGAAGGUGUUACACCCCGAUAAGGACGUGUUCAUAUUGAAAAUCGGCAAGCAAACCGACGAGCCGAACCGAACUGGGAAUAUUGAGGUGGAAUUAGUGACACCACGAGCUCCGGCCAAAAUAAAGCCGGCGACACACUCCUGCAAGGAGAUACAAUGCGAAGACCAGGACAUACCCUGCUGUGGUCCGUGCAGGACGUGCAAGGGUGUGGUACCCAAGAAGAAGAAGACCAGACGCCCCAAAUGCUGUUUCUGA